AUGCUGCACACCGAGGGCCACGCUCUUCUUCGGGCCGUGGGUCAGGGUAAGCUUCGCUUGGCCCGUUUGCUUCUGGAGGGUGGCGCCUACGUGAAUGAGGGUGAUGCCCAAGGGGAGACUGCGCUAAUGGCGGCCUGUCGGGCCCGCUACGACGACCCUCAGAACAAGGCGCGCAUGGUACGCUACCUCCUGGAGCAAGGCGCAGACCCCAACAUCGCAGACCGCCUGGGGCGCACAGCGCUCAUGCACGCUUGCGCCGGGGGUGGGGGCGCCGCGGUGGCCUCGCUGCUCCUGGCCCACGGCGCAGACCCGUCCGUCCGAGAUCACGCGGGAGCCUCGGCGCUUGUUCACGCCCUGGACCGCGGGGACCGCGAGACCCUUGCCACUUUACUGGAUGCCUGCAAAGCCAAGGGCACGGAGGUCAUCAUCAUCACCACCGACACCUCGCCCUCCGGCACCAAGAAGACCCGACAGUAUCUCAAUUCUCCACCGUCUCCGGGGGUAGAGGAACCUGCCCCCGUCCCCCCGAGCCCAGGGGCCUGCACCUCGCCUUCGGAAAUCCAACUGCAAACUGCAGGAGGAGGGCGGGGGUUGCUAUCACCUCGAGCCCAAGAGGAAGAGGAGAAGCGGGACGUAUUUGAAUUUCCUCUUCCAAAGCCCCCCGAUGACCCCACCCCUUCUGAUCCUCUGCCCAAACCACCCCGUCACCCCCCAAAGCCCCUUAAAAGGCUCAACUCCGAGCCCUGGGGCCUAGUAGCUCCACCUCAACCAGUCCCACCCGCCGAGGGGAGGCUGGGGAUCGAACGCCUGACCGCUGAGUUCAACGGCCUCACACUGACCGGUCGACCUCGCCUUUCCCGACGUCACAGCACGGAAGGCCCGGAGGACCCGCCCCCGUGGGCGGAGAGAGUGACGGGUGGAGGGGCGCUCUCCAGGCGAAACACCGCGCCAGAGGCUCAGGAGUCCGGACCCCCUUCCGGGCUGAGGCAGAAACUGAGCCGCAUGGAGCCAGUGGAGCUCGACACUCCCGGACAUCUUUGCCCCGACUCGCCAGAGGCUAGUCGUCUGUCCCUGGAGCGCCGCCGGUACAGCGCCUCCCCGCUGACCCUCCCUCCAGCCGGCUCGGUGCCCUCCCCGCGCCAGUCCCAGGAGAGUUUGCCGGGGGCGGUGUCUCCGCUGAGCGGGCGGAGACGGAGUCCUGGGCUGCUGGAGCGGAGGGGCUCGGGGACGUUGCUCCUGGAUCACAUUGCUCAAACGCGGCCUGGUUUUCUUCCCCCACUCAACGUCAGUCCGCACCCUCCCAUCCCUGACAUUCGUCCCCAACCCGGAGGUCGGGCGCCUUCGUUGCCUGCCCCGCCCCAAGCGGGGGCGCCAGGCUCUCCUAGGACCAAGCGAAAGUUGGUGAGGCGCCAUUCCAUGCAAACUGAGCAAAUCCGCCUGUUAGGGGGCUUCCAGAGUCUAGGCGGGCCGGGGGAGCCCGGGCGCUGA